GCCUGAUGGGCUUACUGAAUUUUGGCCCAUUUACUUUCACAAAUCCCGUCGAGCUCCAUCACUUCCUUCGUUCGUAUUCCGAGCUAUGAAGCUUCCUCCCAUGGCGGGUAGGCCCCAGAGCAGAGCAUCUCCAUGGAUUUGUAAAUUUACCGCCAUUCAUCGCUCGACUUCUGAAUUCGAUUGAAACUGGAGAUGGGUUUCCUGGUGACCACCCUAAUCUUCGUUGUGGUUGGUGUCGUUGCUUCUCUCUGUGCCAGAAUCUGCUGCGACGUGGGACCCUCCACUAAUUUGUUACGUCUCACAUUGAUUGUUACUGCCAUAUCAUGUUGUUGGAUGAUGUGGGCGAUUGUAUAUCUUGCGCAGAUGAAGCCACUCAUUGUCCCAAUCCUGAGCGAAGGGGAAUGAAGGCACAUGAUACAUUCGGUGCAUGCCAAGCCAAUGUACUUGUCUAAACACUAGCUCGGUCUCACGGACCAUUUGAUAGCUUCCCGUUAUGGGUGGAACUGCUGUAAUUCACAUUGGAGAAUCAUUCAGAUUAUAUGUAGUCAAGUAUAUGAGUUUACAUCUUGUUGCAUCAACAACAUAUUGUCAAAUACUCAAUAACAUACUGCAAUAUCAUGUCCGUGUUUACAUUGUUUUUAACAUA